AUGUAUAUGGAGCCAGCUCCAGGGCCAGGGUCAAGGGCAGCACCCUGGACAGAGCCAUCUAGAAAGCCAGUGACAACUGGAAAGGCACAACCAAAGGCAAUCGAGCAAUUCAAGAAGCUGCUGCCCUGGGAGUGCCUGGACACCUUUUUGAUUGAGCUGGAGGGGACGGACAUAGCGCUGGUGGCACCCACAGUUGGCGCUGCCCUUAUUCACUUUGAUACUGUGGUGUAUUUUGUGAUAAGCAUGUGCUUGGAGACCCGCACCAUGAAGGCCCAGGACAGGGCCAGGGUGCUGGAGCUUUGGAUACAGGUGGCCAGGGAGUGUAAUAAGUUGAGAAACUACUCCUCUUUGCAUGGCAUAGUCACAGCCCUGAAGGCUGCGCCCAUCCAUAGUCUCCAGGAAACCUGGACAGCAGUAUCCAGGGAAAGCGCCAGAGCGUAUAAAGAACUGUGCGCUCGUGAUGACAGGAUGACCCAGGAGAAGCUGAUAAAGCUGGGGAUCUCCAAGCUGGCCCUCCAGGAAAAAAACCCUCAGAGAGCCCAGAUGAGGCAGCAGAGACAGAAGGGCGUCAUUCCCUUUCUUGGAAUCUUCCUCGAUGACCUAACUCUGUUGCAGAAGUGGACGCAGAAUAAUGUGGCUGCCUUCAAGAUCAUCCGGCAGCUGCAGUUGCUGCAGGUGACUGCCAAUAAUUUCUGUUUUCAACCGGACAAAGAAUUUCAGUCCUGGUUCCAAACCAUGAAGCCACUGGACCAAUACAAUAUCCACAACUUCUCCUGGGAGCUGGAGCCACCAUUUGAAUAGGCCAACAACAACAUCAAGGCCGAGGAGACCUGUCCUGGGACUGUGUCCACAUUUGAGCUACCUUUAUUUACUCUCCCCUGCCACUCCCUUACAUCCCCCUGGAAACAUGUUCAUUUACUCCGCCCUGACACUCCCUUUUCCUGUUAUCUAUAUUCCUUAUUCCUUGCUCCUCAUCCCUGGCUUUUACUUAAAGUAAUAAAUGUAUGUUCCA